CAGAGAAACACGUUUAUAAAGGCUCUCUCUCUCUAUGGUUUAGUCAUUCGAGGUGUAAGUAGUAAAAACCACAAGCAAAUUAGGAAACGCAACCUCACCCUCUCUCUCUCAUGCUUUGUGCCUCGGUUCAUUACCUAAAUCCAGGACCCUUUGUCAAUCUUUUGAAUAACCUGGCUUCCUUUUAGCUUCGUUUGUUAGCCUAUAAAUAUAUUAAUUAGCAGCUUACACUGGUUUUGACAUUAGAAACCAUAUAGGACCAAUAGAGUAAAUAUUUGACAAGGGCAAAGGCUUGCUAGGAAGCAAAAAGAAGAUUUGAGCUUCUAGUUUUGUGGGGGGAAAAUGGUUGAUUCUUCGACAGGUUGGCCUUGGGAGAACUUGGGCUGCUUCAAGUAUCUACUAUAUGGACCUUUUGUUGCAAAAGUUUUGUAUUCAAGAUUUCAUGAGGAAGCCCUAAACGCUGGCACCAUUUUGUGUCUCCAUGUUCUGAUUUUGUGUGCACUUAGAGGUUUAGUUCAUCAGCUAUGGAGCACUUACACUAACAUGCUUUUCCUAACACGAAAUCGUCGAAUUCUUCGACAAGGGGUUGAUUUCAAGCAGAUUGACAAAGAAUGGGACUGGGACAAUUUCAUCAUACUACAAGCAUUAAUAGCUUUUAUGGCGUCCUAUAUGUUUCCAUUUAUUGAAAAUCUUCCCCUCUGGAACCUAAAAGGAUUUAUUGCUGUUCUGACACUUCAUAUGGCUGUUUCAGAACCACUCUAUUACUGGGUGCACAGACACUUCCAUGGGAACCAUCAUCUGUUUAACCUUUACCAUUCAUUUCACCAUUCAUCUCCAGUACCCCAGGUCUUUACAGCUGGAAAUGCAACAUUUUUGGAGCAUCUUAUAUUAACAGUGAUUAUUGGAAUUCCUAUACUCGGGGCUUCUCUAAUGGGAUAUGCAUCAAUAUGCAUGAUCUUUGGCUAUGUUUUAGUCUUUGAUUUUCUGAGAUGCUUGGGGCAUUGCAAUGUUGAAGUUGUUCCUCAUCAAAUUUUCGAGACAAUUCCUUUCCUGAGAUAUCUUCUCUAUACACCAACAUACCACAGUUUGCACCACACAGAGAUGGGGACCAAUUUCUGCCUCUUCAUGCCUCUAUUUGAUGCACUAUGGAACACUCUCAAUGGGAAAUCAUGGGAAUUACACAAGAGCAUAAGUUCAAAUCAAGAAAAAUAUGGACGGGUACCGGAUUUUGUUUUCCUAGCCCAUGUGGUGGAUGUCUCCGCGGCUUUACAUGCACCAUUCGUAUUCCGAACAUUUGCAUCCUUGCCAUUUUCCACGAAGAUCUUCCUGUUACCGCUAUGGCCAGGGACUCUUGUGGUGUUACUUCUUAUGUGGGCUUGGUCUAAAACCUUUGUCUACUCAUUCUACGAACUUAGAGGUCGGCUGCACCAAACAUGGGUUGUGCCUAGGUUUGGCUUUCAGUAUUUCUUACCAUUUGCAACAGAGGGCAUUAACAAGCACAUUGAGCAGGCCAUUCUCAGGGCUGAUAGACUAGGAGUUAAAGUCAUUAGUCUUGCUGCAUUAAAUAAGAAUGAAGCUCUCAAUGGGGGUGGAACACUGUUUGUUAACAAGCACCCGGACCUUAGAGUUCGAGUUGUCCAUGGGAAUACCUUAACUGCUGCUGUUAUUCUCAAUGACCUACCUAAGGAUGUGGAAGAGGUAUUUUUAACUGGAGCUACUUCCAAGCUCGGUAGAGCAAUUGCCCUCUACCUUUGUCGAAAGAGAGUCAGAGUCCUAAUGCUGACUUUAUCAUCGGAAAGAUUUGAAAAAAUUCAGAAGGAAGCCCCAGUUGAAUUUCAGAGCUACCUGGUCCAAGUGACAAAAUACCAAGCAGCACGAAACUGUAAGACAUGGAUUGUUGGCAAAUGGAUCACACCAAGAGAACAAAGUUGGGCACCACCAGGAACACAUUUUCAUCAAUUCGUGGUCCCUCCAAUCUUGUCCUUUAGAAGAGAUUGCGCUUAUGGUGAGCUUGCAGCUAUGAAAUUACCUGAUGAUGUCGGGGGGCUUGGAUGUUGUGAGUACACCAUGGGUAGAGGAGUUGUCCAUGCAUGCCAUGCGGGAGGUGUGGUUCAUCUACUUGAAGGUUGGACUCACCAUGAAGUUGGAGCAAUUGAUGUUGACAGAAUUGAUCUAGUUUGGAAAGCUGCAUUAAAACACGGUUUGAAGCCAGUGAAUAAUCAGGAUUAAGAUCCUCUGCUGCAUCAACCAAACUUAAUUUGAUUGCAGUUUGGAAAUAUUUGAGUGAAAGAAAGAAGCAAUUAGUUGUACCGAGGCCUUUUUUCUUUUUUUUGCUUUUUCUUUACAAAGACAGACAAUAAAUCACUACAAGAAAAAAGACAUAAUACAACAAGUAUUAUUGCAAUAAUAUGAGAUUGUAAUAUAUAUACUAUUGCAUCUC